AACGACGACUCUCCUGCAGUGCCGCUGCAUUCUCUCGCGAGUCCCCAAGCGACCGACCGACUCCCGCCGCCGCCCGCCGCCGUCGGCCUUCUCCAAGCAGAAGCAGCCAUGGACGAGUGGGUUCGCCAAGCUGAGGUGUGGGUGCGCCAAGCCGAGAGCUGGAUCCGGCAGCAGCCCCCGGAGCAGAUCUAUAUCGCGGCCGUGGUGGUUGCCCUCACAAUCCUGCUGCUUAUCCUAGCAUCUUGUCUGAAAUCCUCAAAGCUAAAUACUAUAGUGCUAUCCGGACUUAGUGGCAGUGGCAAAACUACUAUUUUCUACCAGCUUCGGGAUGGAUCAUCACAUCAAGGAACUGUGACUUCAAUGGAAGAAAACAAUGACACAUUUGUACUACAUUCGGAGCAAGAAAGGAAAGGCAAAGUAAAACCUGUGCAUGUUGUUGAUGUCCCUGGCCAUUCAAGGCUCAAGCCCAAGCUUGAUGAAGUCCUGCCUAAAGCAGCUGGGGUUGUUUUCGUUGUUGAUGCUCAAGAUUUCUUGUCUAGCAUGCAAGCUGCCGCAGAGUACCUGUAUGACAUUCUGACAAAGGCAACUGUAGUGAAGAAAAAGGUUCCUGUGCUUAUAUUCUGCAACAAGACAGAUAAAGUUACAGCCCACUCAAAGGAGUUCAUAAAGAAACAAUUGGAGAAAGAAAUAAACAAGCUUCGGGAAUCAAGGAAUGCCAUAUCAUCAGCUGACAUCUCUGAUGAAGUUCAGCUCGGGGUCCCUGGAGAGGUAUUCAACUUCAGCCAUUGCCAGAACAAGGUGGCUGUUGCUGAGGGUGCCGGUUCGACCGGUAAUGUUUCAGCUGUUGAGCAAUUCAUCCGUGAACAUGUGAAGGCGUAGAUUGUUAUUGUUCUCAGGGCUGCGAAUGAUUCACCUGAUGAGGCAAGACAUCCAUUGCAUAGACCUUCCAUCUGACGAUGUUUUGAGGCACAAUCAUAUUCUGCACUGCUUCAGCUAACCCAUGUUAGAGGCGUUACAUGUUGAUUGUUAAUUAACGCCUGACAGUCAUCGGGUAUGAAUAGAGGCAGUUAAGAACUCUCUGGCCAUGGUGGUUUUGCUUGAUAACAUCGUUGAUAUUUCCCUGAUUAUUACCAGUCUCUGUUCUAAACUCUGGUGGUAGUUAUAAGCAAAAGUCCAGAUCUGAUAAAAAAAAAACAUUGGAGAUGAAUAGCACCUGUUAAGAAAUGCCUCUAUGUUCCCCACGGUUUUAGCUCCAAAAAAAAAGGAACUGUCUCUGUUUUCCGGAAGCAACUGUUUUAUAUGGUGAGACACUGUAGGAGAGGCCUCACCUCACCUUUCGGAAGCAGAACACGUAAGACAAUUGAGUAGCUCAUGGGGUAGUUUGAGAAAUUGUAUAGUUCAUAACCCAUAUGGUUCUGCAUCAACAUUCUUUUCCAGUUUCAUCUACAAAGAGUUCUGAUAUUCCAUCCAGGAUGUAUUUGAUUUGUAGCUGCAACUAUUCUUGCCAUGUAUCUUUUGAGAAUGGUCCAUGGUAGGAUCAUGCAUCAAUAUGAAUUUCGGUUCCUCAAA